AUGCCGGUUGCUUCCGUCUUCGCUGGCGCCGCUGCUCCCGAGUUUUUUCCGUUGGAUGGCAGCUCCGAGGACGAUGAUGGCGACGGCAUGGAGCCUUCCGCUACCACUGCGCGACCUGGCGAGCCCUAUGAGGUCGAGGAGCCAGAGCUGAUCCUCCUCGAGACCGACAUGGAUGAGCAGCGGGUUGAUGCGGGGAGCACCCCUACGGGAUGGAGACCUUCGAUACCCCCUGGACUACCUCCUCGCGCUAAGGAACCUCGUGAAGCCUACAGUCGACGGUACGCGAAUGGCGACCCUCCUGGGCACUCUGGACCUUAUGAUGCGAGUCGACGAAACACUCCAGGUCCGGUCCCUCCUGAACCUGCACACCAACCUCGCUCCCGUGUACCUCCUAGUGAUCCUCGCGGUCGAGCACGACCUGAUACGGUGCUGGCCUGCCUCCAUUGUGGCAAGCUUCAUGCAGAAAGUGAACACCCUACCAUGGACCCGGUGGUCGAACCUGGUCCUACCGUUGACCCGGUGUUCGAACCUGAUCCUUCUCCUGCACGGCCUAUUCCCUCGCGCUCACCGACGGCACGAGCAACCUUCGUCCCACCGCCUGAGGAGGCUGCUGACAAGUCCGAGGGUGACCAAGUGCUGGACCUCCUUCGAAAGUUAGUGAAGAAAGAGAAUGGCAGCGGCGGCACCAGCUCCAAUGCCUCGUGGAACUCCUUGAAAGGGCCCGUGAAGGGCGUCCGCUAUCGUGGCGGCGCACCUCCUGCUCCUCCUACCUGGAAGUACCAGGCCAAUGAUGUCAGGGCCUACGAGCGCUUCGAACGUAAGGUUCGCCUAUGGGAGCUUCAAGCACGACAUUGGAUGUCACGAGCCGAAGCUGGUCUCGCCCUCUAUGCCAGCCUUCAAGGCGAAGCAGAGCAACAGUUGGAGUUCCUCGACACCGACCGGGUGUACUCUCAAGAAGGAGUCCAAUACGUAUUGGAUGAACUCAAGGCCGCAUUCCAGCAACAAGCAGUCUACGUGAAGAGGCACUAUCUUCACGACUAUGAACACAUCGCUCGCUAUCCACAAGAGUCAUUGCGCAGUUUCGUGAACAGGUACAAGCGAUGUGAAGCUGCACUGCUGGGCAUCGGCGUCAACGUGUCGCUGACAUACGACGAGGAAGCACGCGGCAGCCGCCUCCUGGAUCGCUGUCGGUUGAGCAGCGACCAACAACGGCUGAUCCUAGUCGGGACCAGUCAGAAGAUGUCUUUCUCCGUGGUGGCUCAAGCGCUCACCAUGCAGUACCCCGACUACAAGCCACCACCACCAGUCGUCCAGAGAGACGGCGCUCCAAAGGGCACCAGCAAGGGGCGCAAGGGCUCGUUUGGAACUACUUCAUCGAGCUCGACAUCACCCCACACUUCCACGACGGCCUCCUCUGCGACCUCCUACCGCAAGGGCGAUGGGAAGUCAAGAUUUGGAGAUGGCAGGCCCCGUCGUGUUUUUCAGACCAUCACCGAAGAUCAGCAAGCUGAGGACUCCAGCGGCAACCAUGACUACAUCAAUGAUGAUGACGAGUACCUCUUGCCGGACUCCACCGAUAACCAGAUUGAGCAUGCUGUUCUUGCGGCUGAACAUCAGCCGGAUGAUGAUGAAGAAGCCGGCGAUAGUGCUGGCGAGUUGGAUGAGUUGACCCGCGUCCUCACGGUGACAGCCAAGAAAUUGGCAUCCAUGAAUCAGGGGCGCAAGUUCCGGAACGCCCCAAAGAAGAGCAUUGAACAGAGGAAGCAGGAAAGCCCCUGCGCUGCAUGCGGUCAACUUGGCCAUUGGGCAGGCGACAACGCCUGUCAGGUUUCCUCCAAAGGCCAGAAGGCCGGCAAGGGCAAAGGAUCUCCUGACAAGGCCAACAAGGGCUUUGACGGCGGCAAAAAGGUGUUCACCGUGAACCACUACACCGGAUUCGACGUCGGGGACGAAUUUGGACUUGAAGACCACUCACCUUUUUCUCCUCAUGAAGUAUUGGUUGUUUUUCAGAAUGCCACCCAUGUGAACUUCAAGAGCAGCAAGGCAGCACACUUCAUGAUUUUAGACACGGCCUGCCAGAAAUCUUGUUGUGGACACGAGUGGUACAUCGAGCACCAGAAGAUUCUUGAACGAAAUGAUCUACAUGCAGUACUUCACCCCCAAAGUGAACGUUUUCAAUUUGGUGCUGGCGAACCACUGGUAUCCAAGACCUUGGCACUCCUUCCGAUCGGCAUCGACAAGCGCAUGUGUGUUUUUGGGGUCAACAUCCUGGACGCCUCCAUUCCGUUUCUGUGUAGCCUGAACCUCAUGAAUCAGAUGGGCCUCCAGUUGGACCUCGCUAACCAAACAGCCAUCAUUGGAGCUUUCAACAACCACAAGGUCCCCCUCACCAAGGUUCUGGGCCACCUUGCAUUGUGCAUCACAGAUUUUUCCAUGGACUCCCAUUUCUCCACCUUCGUUCAUGAGCAGUGCAGUUCAUGUCCGCCUCACAAGACGGAGUUCAUCUCUUUUGAUGCACCGCCGCAGCACCAGCAGAUGGACCAAGAAGACGUCUCGGUGAAGACGCAAUCAUCUCCCCGGAUGCACGAGUCUCCAACCCACACCGACCUCUCAUGGGCAAGCCUGGUGAAGAGGCUGCUGCGUCUACGCAAGAGCGUGUGGGUGCAGAUGCAAGCCGCCAUGAAGAUCGGCAUCAUCGGGAUGAACUACAUCAGCAAGGCAGCAGCAAGCACCGAGGAGCCUCCAAAGGGGCGAAUGACGGCAGUCAAGAGCAAGGCAGCCAAGCCGAAGAAGACUUCCCAGGCAUCUUCCUCACAACAGCCGCCACCGGAGCUCGAGCUGAAUCUCCCACCUCCAAAAGGACAAGUACGGGAACGGCUGGGGCAGUUUCGCUCGAUGCAAGGUGUGCUACCAACGUUGGAGGUGGAACGCCGCAGACGGCGUAUGGAAGUCGGAUGGCUGCUCCUCAAGUCCCUCGCCAUUGCCGCAGUCACCUUGGAUGGGAGUGGGAACUCCUACCAUGGUCUACGAGGAACCCUCGGACCUGACGGCGAACCUGGGCAUGGGCUACCAAGUGGCACAGGAGCCACCCUGCGUGAUCUAUGGUCAGAUUGGGACGGGAGCGCAGGAGCCUUUGCCACCGACUCGGCGCAAGCCCAAGCGAACAUCCAGAGCAGCAUCAAUGACAUCUUCAGCCGCGGGCCAUGGUUUGACUGCCGAAGCACUGCAGGACUUCGACAUCUUGAUGAGCAGCAACCAGAGCCACGGCCGAGGAGCGAGCAUCUUAGAGUGGGGGUCAGGAAGCAGUUGAGCGGCUCCAUCAACAAGAAUGUCAAGAUGUUGGAGAACGAGGUCUACAUCCUCAACAAGCUGCCGAAUAAGGAGACGCUCGGUAAUAAGGUGGACCUCAUGGAGCUUUACAGUGGUGAAGCACGGCCGAAAUCUUUGGCACCCCGCUACGGACUCACCUCCAUCCAGCCCUUUGAGUUGCAGGACGGAUACGACUUAGAUGCACCACAUGUCCGGGGCUGGGUUGAAGAAGGUCAGACAAGAUAUAAGCCACUGCUCCUUUUGCUUGGACCGCCAUGUACGAACUGGUGCAUUUUCAAUGAGAACCUGAACUACAAGCACCGGAUGGACCAGCUAUCUGCACUCCGAGCUCAAGAACGCCCUCGAGUGAAAUGGUCUGCUGAGAGAUGUCUUCAUCAGGCCAAUCGUGGUGACCUCUUUUUCUUCGAGAACCCACUCAAGAGCCGGAUCUGGUCAGAACCGGCCGUGCAGAAGCUUAUGAACCAUCCGGACACGGUCAAGGUGACCUGUGAUGGUGGCGCCUUCGGGGCGCAAGAUGAGGAUGGCUACAACAUCAUCAAGACCUAUGGCAUCCUCACCAAUUCCAAGAGCAUCGCCAACCGACUGGCGAGAAGAAUGACCAAACAGGAGAAGACAUUUUGUCGACCCCUCGAAUCCAAGCACGUGACGGCAUCUCAGGUGUACCCCAUUAAGAUGGUGCACGCAAUUCUCCAAGGCCUCAGAGAAGAAGCCCGUCAACGUGAUCCAAUUCGCUUUGAACCACCUCAGAUGGUGUUCUAUGCCAGGCCAAUCGCUGACGAAGGAAGAUGGCGAGAAGCACUGGACAUGGUGAAGAAGACCUUCGGCACGUCCGCCAAUAAGUCCGUCCAGCUGAACUCCACGAGCGCCAUCUACAAGAUAGUGGCCGACCUGGUGCCUUGGGAGCUCACACGAGUUCAAAUCGCAGCCACACCGGCUGUAAGAAGAAUGCCGACGGACGUCCUCUACACCCACCGUGGGCUAGCUGUGGUCUACAACGACUCCUCCAUUGACGUUGAAAGCGAGGACCUCAGCAUGAUCGAACACCCGAAGCAGCGCUUCGCUCGACCGGUCGCCCAUGGCAUCUUCUUCUAUGGCAACGCAGAGGACGAACCGAAGCCAGUGGAUGAGGCAGCAGUCCCACCGGAGCGUCACAUUCCGGGACUUCGCACCGAUGUGAACUUUCCAAAUCUGCCACCUUCCAUACCUCGAGAAGUACAAGCAUCAGUGGCGCGGCUACACAUCAACGCUGGUCAUCCAAGCCGACAAGAGAUGAUCAGACUGUUCACCAUGCACGGUGCCAUCACAGCCCAAGUCAUCUCAUGCCUCGACCAUCUACAAUGCGGCACCUGCAAGAGGACGAAGACACCACAACAACCUCGACCAGCUGCCGUACCAGUACUCACUGGACAGUUCGGCGACAGACUGCAAAUGGACCGUUUCUGGGUCCGUGAUCUCAGUGGAACAAACCACUGCUUUCUUGGAGUCGUGGACAUGGCGACCAACUACCAGCAGGCCAUUCGACUGACUGGCAACGGCUCCAAUGAUGUCUAUGAAGCCCUACGUCAACUGUGGCUUCGACCUUUUGGUCACCCUCUGAUGAUCGAAGGUGACGACGACAGGAACUUCGGCGGAGUCUUCAAGGAGCGACUGGAAGCCAACGGCACACAUCUCAUCAUCGUGCCAGGAGAAGCACACUGGAGGAUUGGAACCAUCGAGAGAAAGAAUGCCAUCCUCCGACAAGUCGCUGAACGAUUGAUCGAUGAGCGUGGUGCCUGCACAGGAAGCGACCUGGACGACAUCAUGAUCGCCUCUCUCCAGGACAUCCAGAUCUUGAAGAACGGCGCACAGCAACUGCAGCAAGGACUCUGGGGUGAUGAACGUGGACCUGGACCUCCUGCUGACGAACCAGUACUACCAGAAGUGGCACAUGAACAAGCACCGGAACUGGCAGACCUCGUUAUGCCAAUUGUCCCAAGCGCUCCAACACCUGCUCCAGCGCCAGCGACACCGGCGCUCCCGACGGGAUCGAUGCUUCAUGAGCCGACUCAACCACCGGCGUACUCACCGACUUUCAAGCAGAAGAACAUCCAGAUCAACUUCGGGGCUCAACGCACGCCUCACGGAAUGUACGAGAUGAGUCACCCAUAUGCAGCACCUUCCGGUGGAAACUACGAUGCACUUCCUCCUGAAGUACCUCAACCGGUACUACCUGCAACCGACGUUCCGGUACCUCCAGACACAGAAUCGGUACCAGCACUUCUACCUGUUCCAGCCUUGGGAGAAGAGCGGCCAGUGACUGAUCAACUGGUAACACAAGAUCCGCCUGAUGUAGAGCUGACCUUGGAAGAACAGCUUCACCGUGACCUCAACACCGGCGAAGCCCUACCUAAGGUGCCUCGGACCUUCGCAUCUACGCUGAUGACCUAUGCUGACCGAGGACGUCCACAACAGCUCACACUACCUCCUGACGGAUGGGAUGGCUCUCCUCUACUUGAACUACCAGAGACCUCCUACGUCUUCCGGGAGUAUGUGCAGGGCAAGGACCUGCGAUGGACACCCACCACGGUGAUGUGGGCCGACGGACUCACGAAGUCCGAAGUGCUGGGGUGCUUCCUCUACGGCUGGAAGAACCGCAAUUCCCAAAUUGGCAAGAAGGAUUCUGAGAAGGGCGACGCAGAACAAAUGGUGAUUGACCACCGUGAGCACGAGGCGAAUGGGAGUUUUGCGCGCAUGAGAUUUCCAGGGAGUGAAGAAGGAGAGGUGGAUGGAGGGGAGCUAUGUGAAGGUGCGGCGGAGGCAAACUUCGGUUCGGUGGCUCCAAGCUGUUAA